AUGUCAAGUCACGACCACCCGCUAUGUAUUCAUGUGAACCAAGACCAUGGCAAGGAGACCAUUGUUUUCUUACAUGCGCUACUCGCAAGUUAUACCGAGUACGCCAAUGUGAUCCCGGCCCUCAACGACUAUCACCUUAUGCUCGUUAAUCUGCCUUGCCACUCGCCCUCUCACGAAAUCCCGCCCUUCGAACUUGGCUCUACCUCGGAAGUAGUCGCGGGGUUGAUCGAAAAGAAAGCUCGGAAUGGUCGAGCCCAUCUUGUUGGACUUUCCAUGGGAGGCUUUAUUGCUCUGGAAGUAGCAAAGUGUUACCCUGAGCUGGUGGAAUCGGUAUUUGUUACUGGCGCGGUUCCUCUAGACGGUUGGCGGAGAUGGUUGGCCGAGCGGCCUUUGAUGCUCUACAUGGAGUAUGGUCUGGCUUCGUUCAUCCAAUACUGCCCCGAUUGGCUUUACUGGCAAAUCUGUUCCUGGCUGGGCAUCCAGCGUCAUGACGAGCUGCGCGAUGAAACAUGCCAGAAUUUCAAUUUCGACCUCUUGAGACAGGGCUACGCAGCGAUACUGAGCUUCAGAGUGGAAGACAUCAAGUCAAUCAGAGCCAGAACUUUGAUUGUAGCUGCAUCGGCUCUGGACAACGUGGAAAUAACAAGAAGGAUGGGAAGACUGCUCAGGGAAAACAAUGCAGAAAGCAAAGCUGCAGUGGUUACAGGCCUGGUUCAUGCUUGGAACUUACGGUUCCCGGAGCUUUUUGCAGAGACCAUCGUGGCGUGGGCUGAAUGCCGCGACCUUCCCAAAGGUCUAGAAGAGCUGGUGUGA